CGUCAAAAUACUUUACAAGUACGCAAUUGAAUAACACAUAUUUCUCAGACAUAUGACAUAUAUUAUCUGAAGAAAUUGAAGAAAUUGAUCUUAAGCCAACGACGGUUUCUUUGAGAUAUCUUGUGCCAUCUGUAGUUACAAAAGAAACAUAAAGCAAUGUGUUUAUCAGUGAAUCGACAAAGUUUCAUCGUGUUUAAUGUAGACCGAGAAACCGAGCCCCGUUGAGCCCUUGUGACCUUUCGUAGUUUGUGGUGACCUUCACACGAGGUUGACCGUAGAAUUGUUCAUCCGUCCACCACUUGUUUUUCAUUUUUUUCCUUUUUCUAUUGCGAUAUAUUAUUUUGAGUGGUAAUAAGUUGCAAAAAGAGAACAAAAUGUCAAGAGAACGGGUAUCUAGAAGAUUUUAUCGUAUGGACAGUAGUAAUGAUUUACUUGAAUUUAUGGAUCGUGGAUAUUCAGCACAGCAUGAAAAUCGAUGGUAUUUUGAAGUUGCAUGGGAAGCUGCUAAUAAAGUUGGUGGUAUAUAUACUGUAAUACGUUCUAAAGCUUACGUAUCUACAGAAGAAAUGGGUGAUCAAUAUUGUCUUAUUGGUCCAUAUAAGGAAACUUCAGCACGUACUGAAGUUGAAGAAGCAGAUUUUCCACAUAAUAAUCCAUUGCAUAUAGCUGUACAAGUUUUACGUGAUCAAGGAUUUAAAGUGGUAACAGGAACCUGGCUAGUGGAUGGAAAUCCACAAAUCAUUCUGUUUGAUAUUGGAAGUGCAGCAUGGAAGUUGGACGAGUAUAAGCAAGAAUUAUGGAAUACUUGUAAUCUUGGUAUUCCUCAUUUAGAUAUAGAAUCUAAUGAUGCAGUUAUUCUCGGUUAUCUCGUUUGUCAAUUUAUUUCUGAAUUCAGAUUAGCUGCUGAAGGAUAUAUUGAUGUUCCUCCUCGUAUAGUGGUUCAUUGUCAUGAAUGGCAAGCUGGUGUUGGUUUAAUUGCUUUAAGAACUAGACAUGUAGAUGUUGCUACGGUUUUUACUACACACGCUACUUUGCUUGGAAGAUACCUAUGUGCAGGGAAGACUGAUUUUUAUAACAAUUUAGAUUUGUUUAAUGUAGAUGAAGAAGCGGGAAAACGCCAAAUUUAUCAUAGAUAUUGUAUGGAACGUGCAGCUACACAUUUGGCACAUAUAUUUACAACCGUUUCGGACAUAACAGGUUUCGAAGCAGAGCAUUUAUUGAAAAGAAAACCCGAUAUAAUCACGCCGAAUGGACUCAAUGUAAAAAAAUUUGCAGCACUUCAUGAAUUUCAAAAUUUGCAUGCUGUUAGUAAAGAAAAAAUACAUGAAUUCGUCAGAGGACAUUUUUAUGGACAUUAUGAUUUUGAUUUGGACAAAACUUUAUAUUUUUUCAUUGCUGGACGUUAUGAGUUUGGAAACAAGGGUGCCGAUAUAUUUAUCGAAGCUUUGGCUAGAUUGAAUCAUUAUUUAAAAACAUCUAGACCUGAUGUAACUAUUGUGGCUUUCUUAAUUUUUCCAGCACGGACUAAUAAUUUUAAUGUAGAAUCAUUGCGUGGUCAUGCUGUCACAAAGUCUUUGAGAGAUACAAUUAAUGAUAUACAACAAAAAAUAGGAAAGCGUAUGUAUGAAAUGUGCCUUUCUGGUCGUAUGCCUGACGUGCAAGACCUUUUGCAAAAAGAAGAUACUAUAAAAAUCAAACGGUGUUUAUAUGCGUUACAAAGGAAUGGUUUGCCUCCAGUUACCACGCAUAAUGUUAUAGAUGAUUGGAAUGAUCCGGUAUUGAAUGCUAUUAGAAGAUGCAAUCUUUUUAAUACGGUUCACGAUCGAGUAAAAAUAGUAUUUCAUCCAGAGUUCCUAUCAUCGACAAAUCCAUUAUUUGGUCUCGAUUAUGAAGAAUUCGUCAGAGGAUGUCACUUGGGUGUCUUUCCAUCAUAUUAUGAACCUUGGGGGUAUACACCUGCGGAAUGUACUGUUAUGGGUAUUCCUAGUAUAACUACGAAUCUAUCUGGAUUCGGAUGUUUUAUGCAAGAGCAUAUAGCUGAUCCAAUGAGUUAUGGUAUUUAUAUUGUGGAUAGGCGAUUUAUUAGCCUGGAAAGUAGUGUUCAACAACUUGCCCAAUAUAUGUUUGAUUUUGCACGAUUAAGCCGCCGACAACGUAUUAUUCAGAGAAAUCGUACAGAACGUCUUAGUGAUCUUCUUGAUUGGAGAAAUCUUGGUAUUUAUUAUCGCCAAGCCAGAAUCAAAGCUUUGACGACUGUUUAUCCAGAAUUAGCUUCUGAAUUUGCCGAAGGUGGAGUAGGACGUUUUAGUUAUCCUAGACCAAUUAGUGAACCACCGUCACCUUCUUCUUCUAGACAUACUACUCCGGCUGCUUCAGUUCACGGAUCUGACGAAGAAGAUGAAGUAGAUGAUGAAAAAGAGUUAGAAGAAUUGCGCCAAACAAGUGGCAGAUAAAUGCUCAAAAAUAUCAAAAAAACUAGUGAGAAAUAAUUAUAUAUAUUGAAUGAAAACGUGGAGACUUCGUGAUAAUAGUGCCAAAUUUUUUUAAUAUGAUAUUCCAUGAAGAGAAUGAAUUAAAUCAGUCAUUUGUCAUACUUUUCACUUUUAUAGUUACAUAUCAUAUACUCUUACUUGCACACCAUACGAGAAAUGAUCAUGAUAAUAUAACAUUAUAUACAAUAAUAUUUACAUGCAAAAUCGUUACGAACAAGUCUUCCACGAAUCAUACUCGCACGUAAUAUUUCAUUGAUUUAUGAUGAUAUUGUUAUCUUUUAAAAACUAUAUUUAAUGUUAUACAUAUGCGUAUAUUUAGCGAGUGUUCCUAUUGUGUGUAUAGAGACGGUAUAUAUUUUUAUGAGAAUUAGUGCAGGAAUAAAAGUUUUUUAAAAUUUUUAGUCAAUUCUUUAGGACGAUUAAUGUUUUUUUUUAGAGAUUUUCUUAUAUAUAUUCGAUCUUGUUGAUGCGAUAAUUCCUGAAAAUAAAAUUUUUAUGUGUAUUUUAAUCAGUUUCUUUUUAACAAUGCUAAUAGAAUAUUUUCGGUUUGUAAGAAUUAUUAUAUUAUUAAUUAUCAACAUAAUAUACAAAACAAAGUGCUAAAAAGUUACAUUUUUUUAAGACGAAAUUAUUACAUUUGGCAUUCACAGUUACCAAAUUGUCUUGUUUCUUGCAAAAACAUUAAAAUAAAUAUGUACACAUUAAGAAACCAAUAACAUAUUAUAUAACAAUAAAUCUAAAUAUAACAAAUACAACAAUAUACAAAGCCAUUAAUCAUCUUUAUGAUAAGUUAAAAAUAUUUAAAUGUCUUUGAUGAUUAUUACACUGAGAGAGUGAAAUUUGGAAUGGUUCAUUACCACGCAAAGCUGGGUAAAUAUACGAGGUGUAUGAGACGAGAUUCGACACAUUUUCCGUUUUUAACGUACGUCCACUUCCAUGAUUUAUACGCUAACGUUUAUGUAUUACAAAAAUGCUGACAUCGAAUAUAAAAUAUUUUAGUUUCUAGAAUACAUAAUGCUAUACUAAAUAGUGAUCAACACUUUUCUCGUUGAAGUUAAAAGUUAGCCUCGAUUUUCUAAGAUAAUAAAAUUUCAGAGGCAGAGGCAGUUAUGAUAUAUGAUAUAUGAUAUAUGAUAAACGAUAAACGAUAUUUUUGAUUUUUAAUAAAUUGAUUUUUAUUCGCUAUUAAUACAGCUAUGUUUUAACAUUAUUUGCUGACUAUAAUCGUUGAAAAAUAUGAAAACAACGGACGGUAAAAGUGUUGAUCUGUAUUAUUCAAGAAUAAUAAUGUCAUUUCCAUAAAAAGUUAUUUUUUGCGCUAGCAAAGAUUACAUGAUUAAAGGAAACAAUGAUUUUUUCAAUUAAAUAUUGAUAAAAAGAAAAAAAA